AUGAAUAAAGAAUUAUGGAAAAAUUUAAAAAUUAUUGUUACAUCAGCAUCAUUAGAUACAAAAUUAUUUUUAAAUUAUUUAAAUAAUUGUCCAUUAGUUGAAAUACCAGGUAAAACAUUUCCAGUUCAACUUUUUAAUUUAAAUUUAUCAAAUUCAGAUCAAAAUAUUGUAAAUAGUGUUGUUUCAAAAGCAAUUGAAUUAUUUAAAUUUAAAGGUGGUGAUAUUCUUUGUUUUUUAACAGGUCAAGAAGAAGUAGAGAAAGCAAAAGCAAGAUUUGAUCAAAUGUAUAUUAAUAAUUUUAAACCAAAUGAAUGCUCUCAAGAACCAAUAUCACUUUGUUUAUAUGGUAAACAAUUACCAGAGGAUCAAAAAAAAGUAUUUGAAGCAACACCAAAAAAUAAAAGAAAAGUUAUCUUUUCAACGGAUGUUGCAGAAACUUCAAUUACAAUUGAUGGAUUAGAAUUUGUAAUUGAUUCAGGUUUAACUAAAAGUAAUAUAUAUGAUUCACAAAGAAAUACUAUGUCAUUAAAAGUUCAUAGAAUUUCAAAGAGUUCAGCAGAUCAAAGAAAAGGUAGAGCUGGAAGAACUGGUCCUGGUAUAUGUUAUAGAUUAUAUUCAUCAAAUGAAUAU